UUAUUUUUCAAGCUGAUCCGAAGAGGCUGACUUUUGACCGGCGGCAAUUUUAUGAGAUCUUCAAAUUACCUAGUAUGUAACACUAAUGAAAUCUAACGUGCUGUGUGCCCUGAUAGAGAUUGUGGGGUAUAGAUGGUGACUCUACUACGUUGCCGACGAUCCAAACGGGCUAUCCGCUUUCACGUAGCACAGCAUCGGAAGGAACCAUGGUGAGAAUUCGGGGAUGGAUCAAAGAGUGUGAGACGACGAGUCACAGGCUAUGUCACGCUGCCCGGUUUGAUCAAGAUUACAUGCCAAAGCGGGUCCUAGAUCUAAGGCACCAUAAGAUUGUCCUUGUAGAAGACAUCAAACCGCAUGCUUACGCUUGCCUGAGCCAUUGCUGGGGUCCAUCCCAGAGUCCUAUCAAGACUCUCUCAACAACAAUAGACACCUUCAAAGAAGACAUUCCUUGGCAAAGCUUGAGUAGAACCUUUCAAGAUGCGGUCGAUAUUUGCAGGAGACUAGACAUCCGAUAUCUCUGGAUUGACUCGCUCUGCAUCAUACAAGAUAGCGAUGAGGACUGGGCAAACGAAUCCGUCAAGAUGGCCGACAUCUACGCCAACGCUUUCCUCACCAUCGCCGCGACCAAGUCUAAAGACGGGACGGGAGGCUGCUACAGCGACAGAGACCCCUGCUACGUAGACUGCGGUACAGUGAUAGACGGGUCAGUGUUCAUUCGGGGCAAAAUGCCCCGACUCGGUGGUCCGGCAGGAAGUAAGACAGCAGAGGGCUGGCCACUACUUCUCCGCGGCUGGGUUUAUCAGGAGAUGUCGCUGUCGAGGCGCGUCCUACACUUCGGCAGCCAGGAAGUGAUAUGGCAAUGCCGCACACACCGGCGCAGCGAGAGCGGAAGCAACGAUUCUGACUACGCGACGAUUACCUUCCACGACGGCCACGCGCCGCCGAUCGAGAAACACAAUGACUCAUGGGACGAUGGGUCACCGAAUGACCACCCGUGGUACGACGCAGUUAGCGAUUACUCGGGUCUCGAGCUGAGUUUCGAGAAAGACAAAUUGCCCGCCCUAGCUGCUAUUUCACAAGGAUUUGCCAAGGAUAGAGCGGUAGACGAUGCGUUUCUUGCAGGGCUAUGGACUAGUUCGGUCCUCCUCGACAUGCUGUGGGAGACGUAUCCUCAGAACUCGGCAAAUGGGCCCACCGCGAAGCCUGCAAACACUCACGCACCUUCAUGGUCAUGGGCUUCUGUGAACUCCCGGGUAAAAUGGUUCUUGUUCAAGAACUAUAUGUCUCCGCAUUACCCGUUGGACUGCACCAAGCUGGAAGCGGUUCAAGUUGAGUCCAUUGGGUCGCCGUACCUAGGUCGGUGCUCGCGGUCUGAGCUGGUAUUCAGUGGACCACUAAUAGCCACGACAUCCGAGGAUCUAGAAGUCUCGAUCUUCAUGAAAGAUGUGGGCAAGGAAAACCGAGGCUUUCGGAUCAAUGAAGUAAUGGCCGUGCACCAAUUCACACCCGACUAUAUCUUCGAUCUGAAUGGCCCAAUAUACGGGCGAACAUCAGGCGCGAAGUUCAUCCUUCCGCUAAUGAUACAACACGGAGGACAUCACUUGGUGGUAGGAAUCGUGGUACAAUCAAUGGAGGGCAGUGUAGAUGUAUACGAAAGAGUCGGAUUAGUUACAUUAGUGUAUGUCAAACGAGGACCGCCGACGGAUUUCCGUCCUACAACGUGUCAAGAAUGGGACUAUCACCCGUGGCGGCCGAUCACCCGCGGAUGGAUUAACGUGUUUUUGUCUAGCUUACCUGCGAAACGCAUAAUUAUUAGGUGACUAAUUGAACCUGAGGCACAAAGCUACCUCAGUGAGAGGCUUCGUAUCAAGAUACUGCUCUAGUUUGGGUAUGUCGUAUCAAUAAUAUGCAACCGGAUAAUCUAUCUUAAGUCUCAC